AUGGAGAUGGCCAUAAUUAUCAAUAAUACAUGGGUCGAAUUACUUGAUCCUCAAACCGAGAGAACCUUUUACGCCAAUACGAAAACCGGCGAAUGUGUUUGGGAUUUACCAAAGGACGUAGAUCUCUACCCAAGAAAUCCAAACGGCGAAUGGUGGGAAUUUUUUGACGAAAACCAUCAGUUGCCUUACUACUAUCAUACUAAAACGGGAACUACUGAAUGGUUAAGACCAGAACACGGUAUCAUUAUACCCUUAACAACUAUACAAACUUCGACAUUAGGGAAACGAAUGUCUGUGGCAUUGGUUCCAUCUGACGAAGAUAUAAAUAUAGAACAAAUACAACAAGAAAACUUUAUUCGUAGAUCACAUGCAUCUUCCACACUUUCACACAUGUUCAACACACAAAAUACGGAUAUCACAGACAAGACACAUAACACCGAAACCAUACAAAACUCGCAUACUACAAACAGUAUCGGCAAUCAGUCAGAAGUGGAUUCUGGAGGCCAAGACAUCGUUGUUUCACCCACCACAAGAAAUCGUGAUGUGAAUUCUCUCGGAGAAAAGAGCAUCAGCAACCCUGACGAUGCUGUAUCAAUAAUAUCGAGCGACUUUAGCGGAAACGAUGCAGAGGGUCGGAAACAAUAUCCUUUACUUCGUACCAAGUCUCAUACGGAAAUCGAUACUAGCCCUGCUCUACAACGAACUAUUAGGCCAACUUCCAAGUCUGCAGAAGACCUCAAAAAACUUCGUCCCUCUAAAUCCCAAACAUCUAUGGUCUCGUCAGAAAAUUCAUAUGAUCAAUCGGGUUCUGAUUCUUUCUUAUGUGGGUCGGUGCGUAAAUCGCCAAAGCUCGCUGAACACGCAAAAAAAGUUGGAAUCAGUCAGCCCAUUAUAAAUAAUGACGCAAUGCUCGCGAUGAAACCAAAGAUUUUUCCUACAAUUGACGGAAAUGAGUAUGAUAAAACAUCAUCAAUUCAUAUCACGGGGAAAGUAAUGGCCCUACCAUCAGAUUUACAAGAAGAAAUUAACAAAUUCCGCGUUGAAGGUUUCGCCGAAAAGUAUUUCAAUGAGCACAAAAGAGGGAUAUUUAGACGCCGAAUACCUUUCUGCAAGUUGCUCGAGUUUCAAAAAGAAUCUCUCUGCCUGCCAUUAAUGGUCCAAAGUAAGCCAGUUCACAAAAUCGCUUUGAAAUGCUUCAAGGCAAUUCAGCGAAUAAUGGGAGAUAGAUCACGACCACGGUUGACACACACGCCUUCUACCCCUCUUAUGGAAACACAGUGGUUGUUGAGUAAGGGCAUAUUAUACGGCGAGUUGCGCGAUGAAAUAUAUGUACAGAUAUGUAAACAGCUUUCUAAUAACCCUAAUAAAGAGUCCGUCACCAAGGGCUGGGAAUUACUGUGCGUGGUCUCGGUGACUUUCCCAGUUUCCAAAAACUUUGAACCUUUCGUAAUGCGGUUCGUGACUCAACAUUUCGAUGUUAAAGAGAAUAAUAUUGAUACGAUCAGUAGAUAUGUGCAUUCACGUCUAAUUAAGAUAGCCAAAUGUGGGCCUCGUGGAAAAGUGCUUACAUACCCCGAGAUUGAACGAGCAAAGGCAGCGCCGUUUUAUCCCUCAGUAUUUGGCGAAAAGCUAGACGACAUAAUGAAAUUGCAAAAAGAAAAAUAUCCUGACCUCAAAAUACCAAGGAUAUUACCGUUUUUGUCUGUUGCUAUUCUCAAUCUGCAAGGCAAGACAUCGGAAGGAAUAUUUCGAGUACCUGGUGACGUAGACGCUGUUGCUGAACUGCGACUUCGUAUUGAGAAUAACCAAUACGACAUAGCGGGAAUAACAGACCCAAACAUUCCGUCCUCUCUUUUCAAAUACUGGUUACGCGAAUUGGCGGAACCGUUGAUACCAUCCGAAUUUUAUGAUGAAUGUAUUCGAAGUUCCGACGACGUAGACGCUGCGAUUGAGAUUGUGAAAAGGUUGCCAGAAAUAAAUAGGAGGGUAGUUGCGUUCACAAUAAAUUUUUUGCAGCUCUUUGCCGAUCCCAUGACAAUAAAAUCCACCAAAAUGAACACUAAUAAUCUUGCAAUGGUCUUUGCGCCCAGUUUUCUCCGGUGCCCAUCUGAAAAUCUUGCAGUGGUCUUUGAGAACACAAAGUAUGAGCAGACAUUUGUAAAGACAUUGUUGGUAAAUUUCAAGGGGGAUUGUGAAGCUGAAGCUUGA